GGAUAUCUCCACACAAAAUGAAGAAGAUAGUAUUGGUGACCGGGGCUUCCGGUUACUUAGGUGGACGCCUCUGCCACGCUUUACUCAACCAAGGCCACCACGUCAAGGCCUUCGUCCGCCGUACCAGCGACCUGUCCUGCCUACCCUCCCCAACCACUGACAGCGGAGACCACGGCGGAGCUUUAGAACUCGCCUACGGAGACGUCACUGACUACCCUUCACUCCUGGACGCUUGUUCUGAUUGCCAUGUCAUCUUCCACGCUGCUGCCCUCGUCGAACCCUGGCUUCCAGACCCUUCUAGAUUCGUCUCCGUCAAUGUUGGAGGACUAAAGAACGUACUACAAGCAUAUAAAGAUACAGGAGGAUCCAUAGAGAAGAUUAUAUACACGUCAUCGUUUUUCGCUUUGGGAUCAACUGAUGGAUAUGUUGCUGAUGAAAGUCAAAUUCAUUCAGGGAAAUACUUUUGCACGGAAUAUGAGAAAUCGAAAGCCAUAGCAGAUAAGAUUGCUUUGGAGGCAGCCUCAUCGGAGGGAGUUCCAAUAGUGCCGGUUUAUCCUGGAGUUAUAUAUGGUCCUGGAAAAGUUACUGCUGGAAAUGUAGUUGCCCGUUUGAUUAUAGAACGGUUUAACUGGCGUUUACCUGGUUUUAUUGGGGAGGGGAAUGACAGGUUCUCUUUCAGUCAUGUUGACGAUGUGGUGGAGGGGCAUAUUGCGACCAUGAACAAGGGAAGGCCGGGUGAAAGGUAUCUUCUUACAGGGGAAAAUGCGUCAUUCAAGCAUGUUUUUGAUUUAGCUGCAACCAUCACUCGCACAAACAAACCCCAAUUUGGUAUCCCUCUGUUUGCAAUUGAAGCUUAUGGCUGGCUCUUGGUUCUUUGCUCUAGACUAACAGGAAAGCUUCCCCUUAUCAGUCCGCCGACGGUGUACGUGCUAAGACAUCAGUGGGCUUACUCUUGCGAGAAGGCCAAGGUAGAGCUAAACUAUAGCCCCAGGAGCCUGGAAGAGGGUCUAACAGAGGUGCUUCCCUGGCUGAAGAGAUUAAACAUGAUAAAGUAUUAGAAGGAUUUUGAUCUAGACUUUGUUUCAAGAUCGCAGUUCUCUAUGUGUAGGCACUUCAUUCAAUGGCUACAAAAGAAAUCAAGCUUUUGUUCUUCCAAUCGAAGUAUUUGGAUCGUUUAAACUGUUAGUAGCUUGAGAGUGAUUAUGCAUUUCUUUCAUUUUCUUUGUUUCUGUACGAAAGAGUGAUCUUGCAUUUUCUCUUUGUUUCAUUUCUCUCUUUGGAUUGCAUGACGUGUAGACAAAAUGUCUACCGUUAAUAGGGCAGAUUUCAUAUAUUCUUUU